AUGGCGCGAGCCGACCAGCCUCAGGACAAGGCCAAGACGGAGCAGCGGAUUGGCGCCUACACCGUCGUCCGGACCUUGGGCGAGGGCUCCUUUGGCAAGGUGCGGCUGGCCAUCCACAACGGCACCGGCCAGAAGGUCGCCCUCAAGAUCAUCACCAGGAAGAAGCUCAUCAGCCGCGACAUGGCCGGCCGUGUCGAGCGCGAGAUUGAGUAUCUGCAGCUGCUGCGGCACCCGCACAUCAUCAAGCUCUACACCGUCAUCAAGACCCCGUCCGAAAUCAUCAUGGUGCUCGAGUACGCCGGCGGCGAGCUGUUCGACUACAUCGUCCAGAACGGCCGCAUGAAGGAGGCAGAGGCACGCCGCUUUUUCCAGCAGAUGAUCUGUGCCGUUGAGUACUGCCACCGCCACAAGAUCGUCCACCGCGACCUGAAGCCCGAGAACCUGCUGCUGGACGAGAAUCUCAACGUCAAAAUUGCCGACUUCGGCCUGAGCAACAUCAUGACGGACGGCAACUUCCUCAAGACGAGCUGCGGCAGCCCCAACUAUGCCGCCCCCGAAGUCAUUGGCGGGAAGCUCUACGCCGGCUCCGAAGUCGACGUCUGGAGCUGCGGUGUCAUUCUCUACGUUCUUCUCGUCGGCAGGCUGCCCUUUGACGACGAGCACAUCCCGAGCCUCUUUGCCAAGAUCGCGAGGGGCACUUACAGCAUGCCGCAGUGGAUGCCACCAGGCGCAGCCGCCUUGAUCAAGGGCAUGCUGGUGGUCAACCCCGUGCAGCGCAUGACGAUUGACGAGAUCAGGGCCGAUCCGUGGUUCAACACAGACUUGCCCGCGUACCUGCAGCCUCCCGUCGAGGAGUUCUUCAACACUGGCGUCGAUCCCAACAAGGCAAUCAAGAAGAGCGACAUUGCGCCCAAUGCUCCCGAAAAGGUGCAGGAGAAGCUGCAUAACGAGGUCACCGAAAAGAUUAGCAAGACCAUGGGUUAUGGCAAAGACGACGUGGAGGAGGCUCUCCAGUCUGAUGAGCCCUCUGCCAUCAAAGACGCCUACAUGAUUGUCCGAGAAAACAAGCUCAUGCUAGCAAACAACCCAGACGCUGGCCUCACUGGGGAUGAAGGCAGUCCCAUGAUGAGCAUAUCUUCCACACGAUCCGCCAUCUCGCCAGGAGGCGCAUCCCCCCGCCCGUAUGUCACCAAAGUCGGCAUUCUACCCAGCAGUCUCCCCGCCUACCACAAGGACUACAUGGAGAGGGAAAAGAACGGGACCGGCCACGAAUCUGUCACUCCAGCCAUCACCAUCAACGACGAGCUGCCCGUUACCCGCACCGAGGCUGAAAAGGAGGAGGCGGCACGUCGCUUGAAUCCUCACUCACGCAGUGCUCUGCGUCUGGACGAGUCCAGCAAACGCCCGCAAGGCAUGACGCCAAUCACGGCCCCAGUCAAGAAGCCCAAGCCUGUGCGCUGGCAAUUUGGCAUAAGAUCUCGCAAUGCGCCAUGGGAGGCUCUCCUUUGCAUCCACAAGGCACUGAAUAAGCUUGGCGCAUCCCAUCUCCGCGACGAAGGCUAUGACGAAGCGCAACGCAGAGGGGUCGAAGAUGCCUCAAGCCGCGAUGGCAGCUUCGCCAACGGCGCCCCAUUAGACAGAGAGCCAAACGGGCAUGACAGGGAUCCGACGAAGAGGUACAAGCUGCCUGCAGAUCCGUGGCACAUACAAGUCAGAUGGCCAUCAACAAGCAUGCAGACAGAGGCAGACCGUCGAGAUUAUCUUGACCCCAAGACGGCAUCUCCCGACAGCUUCGUCUACACUCGUGGAGACUCGACCUCACGCAAGGACUUUGUCGCCUUGCACAUGGACAUCCAAAUCUAUGAGAUGGAGCAGGGGGUCUAUCUCGUGGAUUUCAAGUGCUCGGGCUACGAGACCGAGGACGGAAGGCUGCUCGAGGAGAAGGAGGUCACCAGCCCGUUCCCGUUCCUGGACCGCGCGGCCAAACUGAUUAUGCAGCUGGCCGAGGCCGACUAG